AUGACCAUCUCUCUCCUGCAUGAAUCCUCCCUUGAUCUUGUCACGCACAUUCGUGACUUCAUCUCUUCUGCCCAACCUCAUCACCAUAGUCAACCUCUCCGUGAAUGGCAAUGUCUUCUUGGCUGGAUCAACUGGGGCCUCAACAUUGAGCCCUUGUUGCGCCCUGCCUUUCAAGCCUCAUACUCGAAGAUUCGUGGGCACUCCAUCAGUCACACACCGGUCCUGCUUAAUGCUCACAUCAUUCGCGACCUCACAUGGAUCAUGAUCACGUCUGUUGAGCGCAUGUCCUAG